AAGAAGAAGAAGAAGAUGAAUAUGAAUAUCUCAACCCUUGACAGGUGCUAUUGUAACGAGAUAAUCAAUAUUAUUCACUUCACCUGUCAGUGGUCAUAAUGUUAUGGCUCAUCGGUGUACAACAGCAGAAUACCUGAGCACAAUCAGAGACAACAAGCUCAGGAAGAAUAUGACGAGGUACAGACUCAGCAGCCACGGCCUGGCUAUAGAGAGAGGCAAGCACAGGCAGAGCUAGCUGCCCAGAGAGAGCAGGUUAUGCUUGUACUGUAGCCAAGGAGUGGUAGAGACAGAGCUAAACUUCUUAACUACCUGUCCUAUGAACAAAAUCGAAAACAGUUCUAUCCCAAAUUUGAAAUUAUUUGUCUCGACUUCAGAAAGCUGGAGAAUGACACACAACUUCAGUAUCUGCUUGGAGAAAAAGAGACUGCAUUUCACUAGCAGCAUGGUACAUCGAUGCCUGCCAUAAAAAAGGGAAGAGUUGACCAAACAGUGAUGCGCUCAUGAACUCUCUCUCUCUCUCACGCACACCACACAUAGCCCAGACUAUAAUUUUUGUUUUGUUUUGUUUUGUUUUGUUUUGUUUAUUCAUUCAUUCAUUCAUUCAUUCACUUGUUGAUCUUAUAAUUUGUUCUCUGUUCAGGUUUUGUUCCUUACCCAUAUAGAUGCUAGACUAGUAGAUUAGAUAUUUGUAUAAAUUAAUUUCACUAUUAGCAAUGAAAUCACAUUGGAUUAUAAACUAAUAUGUUUAUGUAAACUAUACAUUAUAUUUUCUCUUAAAUAUGACUGACCCCCUUCUUCAGUGUGCACUAUGCUGGAACAAUUGUUUCGGAGUACUGUUUCGGCCCAGCAGGAAUACGAAAGCACAAGGUUUGGCCAAUAGAAUUCAACAAGCUAAACUAAGCUUCAAAUCUAACACCUAGCAAGUUUGUCUAAAAGCAUAUGCUGCCAUAGUACCUCAGUGGGAUUUAAGAUUUUAGUUAGAUUUAGUUUAGUCUAAUUUGUGGAACCGAAAUGGACGGAAAUAUGUCUGGCUUAUCGAGUUAGCAAGGUGUGCCACGUUAUAAUCGGCUUGUUCGAAAUAAGUAAAUACAGAUGUGUGGUUUUCAACGCAAUAUAUUUCAUUAUUAUGUAUUAAUUGACCUAUUUAUUUAUUUAUUUAUUUAUUUAAAAUCGUUUUAUCACUUUUUGCUUCCAUAUUUUCCCUUCUCCCAACACUUGGAUCACUUGAUUCAACUAAUAAGCUAAACAGCCCUUCCUGAGUUGAGGUCGGUGUGUUUGAGCAGAGAAAACACUAAAAUGUGAGGGACAGGGAGGUAAUCCAAGACCGGGGCUGGGAAUCUGCGAUUUCCACAUCUCGACAGGCAAAUUCUGGUAUUAUGCUGCCCUCCUGUGGGAACGCUUCACAAUUAUAACGGGACUUAGACUUGGCACUAGGACCCAGGGGUUGAGAGAGUUUGCGAACAUGUCUGCGAAAGAUAUUCAACCGGAACCGGAAUUGGGAUGCACCCAGGACUCAGGGGUUUGAGAAAGAAUUGCGCCUCAAUUCACCUACUUAUACUAUGCACUAAAAAUAUGUACUCUUUUUGUGAAGAAAAGUACAUACUUUUGAGUGUGUAGCAAAAGAGUAUGCAAGUACUGGGACAUAGUAACACGUCAUGUAACGGAAGAGAACGUUGUUGCCUAGUUACGCAGUUUGUUACUGUAAAUAAUCUCGUUGCAUUUCAGCUUUUCUUCAUUCAUUAUUCCUUAUAUAAUUUAUACUAUUUCAUUUAAUUAACCAUUCUCUAGAUUAUUUUUCCACAUUUCAUUUACACCUCUCUAUAAUGCGUCGUUGAAUUCGGCGAAACAAAGCGUCACAAAAACUCCUCCUCCCUCGCGCAAGGAGUUGUGGGCAAUAUUAGCUGAAAAAGGGUCCACGGAUCCACACUUCGAAAAUCUACCGGAAGUAGUAGACCAUCCGGGUACUCUUGUCAAUAUACUACGAUUUGGGACAAACUAAUUAUAAUCUCGUAUCCUAUUGAGUACGGAUAGUAGGUGACGCAAAUUCGAGAAGAUGGCUGCGAACGAUAUUCAACCGGAACCUGUUCAGAUAUAUUUUAGUAAUGAAUUACUGAGCGGGAACCUUGUGAAUGCAGAUUGGAUCCCUGAGGAAAAGCUAGUGAAGCUGCAGUCUCCAGCAGGAAAAUUUUGGCAGACAAUGGGAUUUUCUGAUCAAGGAAAGCAGUGCUUGUUUCCAGAGGAGGCUCUUUACCUCAUGGAAAGUGGCAAUGUGCAAGUAUUCUACCGGGAUCUACCUCUCUCCAUCCAGGAGGGUUAUGAAAGUUUCCUUUCUGAUGAAACUGUGACUUUACUUCAGUACCAGACUAUUGGUUCUGGGGGAUCUCUUGUCCCACUGAAAUUAUGGUCGGUGUUUGGUCAUUUAAAGAGACUGGGAUAUGUAGUAAACCGAUUUGAUACUAGAUUGCCAUCUUUAUGUAAACAACAACUGAAUCUGCACCUAACCACCAACAGACCAAGCAGGCAGCCGAAGAGGAAAUGGAGCCAGAGUCCCAGUUUUAGACCAUGUAAUAAGAAAAGUACUGCAUCUCCAGAGGAAUCUGCAGGACAGCAUGAAGGUGAAAUUAAGACCAGUGUCCCAUACAGCAGCAUGGAAGAUCCAGGCCAACUACAAACACAACAAGCCUUUCAGGAUGAGAUAUUAAAGUCUGAUCCAGAAUUAGACAGAGCUCCAGGGAGGACCUGGUGGACAAAUAUAUCAAGCCAACCCCAGCCUGAUUCAUUCCAGACUUCAGUACGGUCCUGGGACUUCAGCUGCAUCUUUUUCCCAGACCUGGGUUCACUUAGUGGCAACUGUGCUUGCCUGCCCCCUCCCAAUCCCAGCUUGCUACCUGGUGCUCUGCAAGUACCUGAGUGCCACAUGGCUCACUGGCACAGAAAUAUAAAUUUGAAGGAGGAAUAUCGGUCCAAGCAAAAGCAGCAGAGGGAGCAACACCGACAAAGAUGCAACAUUAAUGAUGACCAAGGUGUGCGUCGGUGCAGGAACUGGGUCGAGUAUUUAGAUCUGGUGAAGAAAAGGAGAAGCCAGCAGCACAACAAACGUCUCAUAUACCUCAGGGAACAGGAGGUUAUGCCUCUUUCUCAGCCCGGAAAGUGUAGUUCACAUCGUGAGCUGCUGGAGCAAGUCAACAUUAUUCAGUCUUAUGAUUUGCUUGUAGCUAACUCCAGGUUACCCGGCUCAGACCAGUGGAGGAUCAAUUUUAACGUUUACCAGCCUGACACUGAGUUUAAGAAGAGUUACCCAGGAAAGCCCUAUACCCGCUUGUGUGUUUGCAGUUUUGAUGGUCCAGUGCCAAACUUGCAUGUCUUGAAGCAGCUGUCCUUCCAAAGUGGAGAUGUGUCUGUGACAUUUGCAGUGGUGGACCAUGGAGACAUUUCCUUCUACUGCUUCAAGGAGUUUAAGCUGCCCACUGAUGUCCAUUGACAAUUUUAUGGCAAUGCAAAUGCUUUUUCAUGGGGGGCUAAGAUAACAUACAAUGCAUGUCAAAUAACAUAACAUUUUGCACAGUAAUUGUACUUAUAAUAAUGUUCAAAUAAGGCAAAGUCAUUAUUACUUUUCCUCCAUAUUUAGAAACAAAGGUAUCUGUUUUUUUUUUUUUUUUUUUUUUUGUAAUGUUAUUAUAAUCAUUUUCAGUGUAAUUGUAAUAAAGGUAUUUUGUGAAAACCUUGUUAAUAUUACAAGAUUGGUUAACGGUAGAUUGCAGAUUGCAUGAUUAAAUAACAUUUUGCACCAUCA